AUGACGGGCUCACCCCGCUCCGUCACCACACAAGCGCCGACCGUCACUGGUGCCGGGACUGGCCAGCCUCAAAGGAUCCGGGUUGCUCAGAGCGCCGAUAUUGUGUCAAACAUCACACUUCAUCCGUGUCUUACAUGGCGCGCGAAACCACUUACGAACGAUGAGAUCUUUGAGACGUUGCGUCUUGCCCUCGAGCUCGGCUGCAACUACUGGAACGGAGGCGAUUUCUAUGGCCCACCAGACAACAACUCCCUAACGGUGCUCAAGAAGUACUACGAAAAGUAUCCCGAGGAUGUCAACCGGGUCCUGUUGAACGUCAAGGGCUGCUCGCGCCUGCCCGACUUCAAGAUCGACGCCUCUCCCGAGGGCGUGCACAAGAGCAUCGAGGCCGACCGGGCCAUGCUGGGAGACAAGGGAUUCAUUGACCAGUUCGAGUCUGCGCGCAAGGACCCCGAGGUCGAGAUUGAAGUCUCCAUGCGGGCGAUGGCCGCCUUUGUGCGCAACGGCAAGAUUGGCGGCGUCGCACUGAGCGAGGUCAGCGCCGAGACGAUUCGCAAGGCUGCGGCGGUGACCAAGAUCGAGGCCGUCGAGAUUGAGCUCUCGCUCUGGGCUACGGAGCCGUUGACUAAUGGUGUCGUGGAGGCAUGCGCGGAGCUCGAUAUUCCUAUUGUUGCUUAUGCACCCCUUGGCCGCGGAGCCCUCACCGGCGCGAUCAAGUCCCUCGACGACAUCCCCGAGGGCGACUUCCGCCGCACGCUGCCGCGCUUCCAGCCGGAGAACUGGCACCUGAACCUGAAGCUCAUCGACGCGAUCGGCGCGCUCGCCGCGAAGAAGAACUGCACGGCGGCGCAGAUCGCCAUCAACUGGGUCGUCGCCCUGAACAAGCGGCCGGGCAUGCCUCGCAUCAUCCCGAUCCCGGGCGCCAGCUCGCCGGAGCGGCUCAGGGAGAACGCCACGGUCGUCGACCUCGCCGAGGAGGACAUGGCGGAGAUUGAGCGCAUCCUGGCGUCCUUCCCUGUUGCGGGCGAUAGAUACCACAAGCAUGGCAUGGCACUGCUUGACACGUCUUCAUGA